UCAAAAAUGUCAGAAAAUCUAGAGACGACAGCGAAAUUCGCGGUUAUCUCGAAUUCGUUGUUUCCCCGAUGCUGAACGGUGACGGCACGCAUUCAUCAAGCGCGUGAAAAUCACCUGAAACCCCGCCAAAUGUUGGGGGUACUAUUUGACAGCAAUGUAAAACCACCGACCAAAAAAAUCACGCCACGUCAGUUACUCAUUAAAAUUUUACAACUUCCCUCAGCCUUAAAACCCUGUUUUUAGGGUUUCCAUUUUGAUUCCUCUGAACUUCACUGCUCACGUGAAAUUUGUUUUCUUUUAACUGAUUAACACCAUUCAAAUGAGGAGCUCUAUAUCUUGAUUUAGCUUCUAUUCAUGAGAUAUUUAGUGGCAGAUUAGCUAAAGAUGUUUCAACUUGUGUUUUGGUUCGUUUUGUCUCUACUACUGGUGGUGGCGUUGGAGAAAACAACGUCGCAUUUAGCACCUGGACCGCACAUAACGGAUGUUAACAUACUGUUGCCGCCUAAAAUGACGAAUUCGGUGGAGUACCGGCUUCAAGGAAGUGAUGGCUGCUUUAAAUGGUCAUGGGAUCAUCAUGAUAUUCUCUCUGUUCUACCUGAGUAUAAUGCAAGUAACCAUUGCUCAACAAGUGCUCGUUUGAGAUCAAUUGCUCCUUAUAGUGGUCGAAAGGAAACUGCAGUUUAUGCCACUGAUGUAAAUUCUGGAAUUGUAGUUCGCUGCAAAGUUUUCAUUGACAACUUUUCCCGAAUACAGAUAUUUCAUAAUUCCAUUAAACUUGAUCUAGAUGGCCUUGCUACUCUCCGUGUUCGUGCCUUUGAUACUGAAGAUAAUGUAUUUUCAUCAUUAGUGGGCUUACAAUUCAUAUGGCAGCUGAUGCCUGAAAUUGAUGGAUUGCCGCAUCAUCUUACCCAUGUUUCUUUGAAGGAUUCUCCCCUGACUGACUGUGGUGGAUUGUGUGGUGACUUAGAUAUUCAAAUACAACUUGAGAAUAGUGGUGUAUUUUCGGAUUUGUUUGUAGUGAAGGGAAUUGAAAUUGGCCAUGAGAAUGUUUCUGUACACUUGCUUGAGCCAGAAUUUAAGCACAUGGCUGAUAGCAUUAUUCUAACUGUGGCGGAAGCCAUGUCACUCGACCCCCCUUCACCAGUUUUUGUACUUGUUGGUGCUGCUCUUCACUAUAAUCUUAAAGUUAUCCGUGGAAAUAUACCUCAAGUGGUCACUCUACCAUCUCCACAUCACCGCUGGUCUGUUUCCAACCUUUCAGUUGCUCAGGUGGACGGCAUGAUGGGUUUAACUCAUGCUCUAAAUUUAGGUGAAACAUCUAUAAUUGUUGAAGAUACCAGAGUUGUUGGCCAUAGACAAGUGUCCUCACUCAAUGUGGUCCUACCUGACACUUUAUGUUUGUACAUUUUGCCUUUGUCAAUUUCUGGUGAUCUCAUGGAAGAAGCAAAAGCCAUCCCAUCUGUGGCACGUUGGUAUGUUAUUUCCGGCCACCAAUAUCUUAUUCAGUUGAAAGUUUUCUCUCAAGGACCUGGUGCUCAAGAAAUCUAUAUUACAGAGAGUGAUGAAGUUAAACUGUUUGACAGUCAGUCUGAACACUGGAAAACAUUUUUGGUGUGGGAUAAUAUUGUGCUGAAACAUGGUUUGAGAAAUUCUAAAAUCCUAGAAGCAACUUCACCAGGACUGGGAAAUGUGAUGGCUUCUUUAACAUAUUUUAGUAGGCAUCAGGAUACAAAAGAGGUUCUGAAGGUUGUGCAAGAAAUAAUGGUAUGUGAUGAAGUUAAGUUCAGUGUGAAUAGAGCAGAUGGCAUGUCUCAGAGUAUUCUCCUUCCAUGGGCUCCUGGUGUUUAUCAAGAAGUGGAGCUAAAAGCCACUGGAGGUUGUGCUAGGACACCCAGUGACUACAAAUGGUUUUCUUCAGACACAGCUACCGUAACUAUAUCUGCUUCUGGAGUUGUCCAGGCAAAGAAGCCUGGAAAAGCUACUGUCAAAGUGGUGUCUAUUUUUGAUUCAUUCAAUUAUGAUGAGGUCAUUAUUGAUGUUUCUAUUCCAUCAUCUAUGGUUAUGCUGCAAAACUUCCCUGUUGAGAUCGUUGUAGGAUCACAUCUUCAAGCAGCUGUAACAAUGAAAGCAUCAAAUGGUGCCUAUUUUUGUAAGUGUGAUGCUUUUAGUUCUUUAAUAAAUUGGAAAGCUGGAAGCGAGUCUUUCAUUGUUGUCAAUGCAACAGAAAGGACACCUUUCUUCGACAAUCUGGGGACUGUGGGACAUUUUAAAUCAGUUCAUGGUCCUCCAUGUUCUUGGACCUAUUUAUAUGCUUCUGGUUCUGGCAGGACUAUGUUGCAUGCAACGCUUACAAAAGAGUCUCAGCAUUAUGAUCAUUCUUUCCAUGGACCCAUUGUUUUAAAAGCAUCUUCACGUAUUGCCGCAUAUCCACCACUCAUUGUGCAACAGGCGGGGGAUGGAAGCCAAUUUGGUGGCUAUUGGUUCAAUCAAGGUCAAACAGAUACCAAUAAUCAACUGGAAAAUUUGAGUCAGUUAUAUCUUGUUCCUGGAACAAGGAUAGAUGUUUUGCUUAUUGGAGGACCAGAACAGUGGGAUGAAGGUACUGCAUUCAUUGAGACUUUUGAGAUCCUGGAUGACAAGCAUGUCCAAACUAAAGAUGACAUUGAUGUGCCUAUCGUUUCUGGUAGCAAGGGGAGUUUAUAUGGAAUUUUAUGCCAAACUGUGGGAACCUUUAUACUGGUGUUUAAACGUGGGAAUUUGGUUGGAGAUGACCACCUGCUUCCAGUCAUUGCAGAAGUUUCAGUAUCUCUUACAUGCAGCUUCCCUUUCUCAAUUGCCCUGCUAGUUGAUGAACCAGUCAAUGAACAUGAAGCGAUACAGGCUGCAAGUCAAGCUGUUCGUAGCCCAGGUCAAAUCCGUGUCACUCCAGUGACUGUAGCAAAUGGACAGACUAUUCGUAUAGCUGCAGUCGGCAUCAGUAACUGUGGGUUUGCUUUUGCAAACUCCUCUUCUCUUUGUUUAAGAUGGGAACUGAGUGGUUGUGAUGGAUUGGCAUAUUGGGAUGAUAUUUAUGGCUCAAUCCGGUCCGAGUCUAGUUGGGAGAGAUUCUUGGUCUUGCAGAAUGAAUCAGGAUUGUGUAUUGUCCGUGCCACCAUUACUGGUUUCUGUGAUGCCAAGGGUCGUCAUCAUUCUUCUCAAUUGCUUGAGAUUUCAGGAAACAAUCUAACGGAUGCUGUACGUUUACAGCUUGUUUCUACUCUAAGAGUCAAUCCAGAAUCCAACUUGUUAUUUUUCAAUCCUGAUGCUAAGGUUAACUUGUCUAUUACUGGAGGAAGCUGUUUCCUGGAAGCUAUUGUUAAUGAUUCUCGAGUGGUAGAGGUCAUCCAACCCCAACCAGGAUUACAGUGCUCACAGUUGAUGCUAUCUCCAAAAGGGUUGGGAAAUGCACUUGUCACAGUCUAUGAUAUUGGGCUUGCUCCUCCACGUGCAGCUUCAGCUCUG